GACGUAAGCAGCAGGCAGAACAUGAAUUUUUCGCCUCAUUUUUGCUAUUACCUGGUUUUAACUCGUAAUUGCAAGUAGGUGAAUCGUACUAUGUACAUAAGAGAGCAUAGAGCAUUAUUUUAAUCAUUGUUGUUAAUAACGAAAGUUGAUCUAUUCUAACCUAAGAAGAAAUAUGGAAAUUUCAAAUUAUAUACCAUAUAACCUAAUUCUCACCAGGUGAUUGUGAUAUUAUUGUGUGUAGUUUUUAGUGAAUAAUUUACAGAAGUUGCAAUAUUUGAGCAAAAUGGCUUCUCUGUGGGUCGGUUCGGACGUGGAUUUGUCUACUCUACACCAAUGUAGACUAGCUGAUAGGUUAGAAUUUAGAUUAGCCUGUUUACAUAAUAAAAAGGCCUCAAAUGAUAGUUAUAUGAGCAGAACAUCAAAUGAAAUUUUAGAUAAGCAUUCUUUUGAAGAUGACGAUAUUUGGAGGAGGAGGAGAAGGUCAGGAACUUGGCCGAGAACAAGGUCGCUGAAUGCUCCUUCGCCUGUCCAGCAGUUCGGACCAUGUGGUCGUAUUAUGAAAAACUCCGCAAUGGUCAUGACUAUCCAAGACCCAGCUAGUCAAAGACUGACUUGGUAUAAACCACCGUUGACAGUUCUUGUGAUAAAAAAAGUUCGAGAUGUGUCUGUAUUGUCCCCAUUUGUUCAGCUUGUCCAUUGGCUCAUUGAGGAGAAACGAAUGGUUGUAUUUGUGGAAGCCGCCGUGAUGGAAGACACUCAGUUGGACCAGUACAAAGCGUUCCUGAAGAUUAAAGACAAACUCAUGACGUUUAAGGAUGGAAAAGACGAUCUUACGGACAAAAUAGAUUUUAUUAUAUGUUUAGGUGGUGAUGGAACGUUAUUGUAUGCUAGUCAGUUGUUUCAACAAUCCGUUCCACCAGUUAUGGCAUUCCAUUUGGGGUCUUUGGGAUUUCUGACUCCCUUCCAGUUCCAUAAUUUCCAAGAACAGGUUAAUAAUGUUCUUGAAGGACAUGCAGCUUUAACAUUAAGAAGUCGCUUAAGAUGUAUUAUUAUGAAAAAAAGCGAUCAGGGUAAUGCAGGCGAUAAAUCAAAAUUGAAGAAAAUUCCGACUAAUUUGUUGGUCCUAAAUGAAGUCGUUGUGGAUAGAGGUCCUUCUCCUUAUUUGUCUAAUAUAGAUCUCUUUUUGGAUGGGAAACAUAUAACGUCAGUUCAGGGUGAUGGCCUAAUAGUUAGUACGCCGACAGGUAGCACUGCUUACGCGGUUGCUGCCGGUGCGUCAAUGAUUCAUCCUAGUGUGCCUGCCAUCAUGGUAACUCCAAUCUGCCCUCAUUCCUUAAGUUUUAGGCCUAUCGUAGUUCCUGCCGGAGUUGAAUUAAAGAUAGCCCCAUCUCCUGAGGCUAGGAGUUCGAGUUAUAUUUGCUUUGAUGGUCGGUAUCAACAGGAAUUGCACCCUGGUGAAAGUUUAAGGGUAACGACUUCCAUUUAUCCUGUUCCGAGCAUAUGCGCACAAGACCAAAUUUCGGACUGGUUUGAUUCUCUAGCCGAGUGUCUGCAUUGGAAUGUCCGGAAAAGGCAGAAACAUUUGGAUGAAUUGACAGACCUUACGCACUCCAGCUCAAACGAUACACUGGACUCACUAGAUAGGGAAUUAAUCGAAAAGGAAUAAAAAAUUGUACUUAAUAAAUCCUUUUUGGAGCAAUAAUUUACAGUAAAAUUUAAAAAAACAUAUUUGGCACUCUUUUUAAAUUGUGAGGUUUUAAAGGGUUACAUAUGUCUGACAGAUUUAAUAAUGACAAGGAAAAACUAGGUAAAUAUUUUAGUUUGCAAAAAUGUAUUUUUGCACAGUUUAUAGUAAUAACUGGUUUCAUUGUACUUGUACCUCUGAUUUAAGAGUAACACAUUCAUUUUUGCAUGCCUUUUACUGCCUUCUUGUUUUACAAAAUGUGAAGGUACAGUCAUAUGUCUUAAGUUUGUAAUAUUCAUAAAACCACUACCGUUCUGUAAUGAGUCCAUAAACUUCUUAAAUUUGCAGUGUAUGUUUUACUCUUAAAGCAAAUAUUUAUUAGCAUUGUUAAUUGUUUACAAUGUAAUAAAGUGUGAUAAAUUUGUUUAUAUUUUUGUACACUCAGGAUAGGGUAGUAGCUAGAUUUUUAUAAAACAGUUGAAUAUAGUCGAUUUGUAUAUUUUUUUAUUAUCGACUUUAAAUUUUUUAUAAGGAAGCACAUAAAUUUUUAUAUGAAGAAUAGGACCAAUUGUUGUGCCAAUAUUUUAUUUGUAAAGCAAAUUAUUUAUUUGUAUUGAUUUUAAAAUAAAAGUUGUUGAACGAAA